GGAUAGUUGAAGAAGUACUCUAUAGGAGGGAGAGGAAUUACAGGCUUCUAUAUAGUAUUUAUAGGUCAAAUGGGUCCUUUUACCCUAAGUAGGUACGUGAUGAAUUGCGUUAGGGUUAGGGUUACACUCACAAUUCCAGGCACAGGCACGCUGUUACAAAUACCACACCCGCCCCCGCCCUCGAGCCGUCAGGAUUGUAUAGUGGUGAUGGUCUCUCAUUUGCCAAGAAGGGAAAUACACGUGGGCGCCGUCGCUGUAGUGAUUCAUCGUGGUAGCAGUUGUGGCAUGGCGUUGGGUGACUUUCUCAAUCGGGUAAUUGCCCAGUUCGUGCUCAACUUCCAAGUUCUAGGCGGCAGGGCUCAGAUCGCUCAAAUCCAAGGUCUUUGCAAAGGAGCAUAAAUCGCGCGCCAUCUUGGAUCGGAAAAACUGCUUCCGGUCGGCCCGAUCGGUCCCUGCCCAGCGCUCCUUGCCAAUUCCAUCCAGGUUGAGUGAGCGCUUUUGCCAGUUUCAAAGCCGGGUACGAGGUAUAGGUUGUAGGAGGAAAGGUGGCUGGCCGAGUGGAAGAUUCGCCAACAAAGCGCCGUACC